CGCGCUGUGUGACACGAGGGGUCGGGAGGUUGAUCGCGGGUUGAUCAAUCGACGAAGAUCCCGCUGGUGAAUGACAUGUGGUUCCUCUCUUUGCCUUUCAAUCUAGUUCAUGUGCCUGGUUCGUAUUUCAAGCAUCUUGCGGCGACCCGACAUCGUGCCUUGUUUCAACUGUUUGGUGGAAUUACGUGACCGACAAGAAAAGAAGGAAAGCGAAGAAGCAUUCAGUUACAAUGCGUCUUCGGACACGGUCUGCGACUACAAUACUUUGCGCCUCGAGGCUACAUGGCGGACCUUUGAGGAAACGCAUUCGGGUUCCAGCUAGGGCGGUAAGGGCGGUCAGCACCUUGACGCGGAGUAUCUACCAAGGGCCACCAGAGCCACCUUUGCUCCCUCAUACUAUCCCCGAGCACUUCAGCUCCAUCGUCAAAGAGUUUGGUGACAGGCCAGCCGUCAUCUCCCGCACCCCGACCACAACCCACGAUGCGCUCCCGAACAUACCCGCAGACGCCGUCCCUCCGGCUCUGGAAACAACCCUCAGUUACGAGAAGCUCGACCUCGCGUCCAAUGCGCUAGCGCACUCCCUACGCUCCCUGGGCGUGAAGAAGGGCGAUCGUGUUGCCGUGAGCCUGGGAAACUCUGCAGAAUUUGCCGCCCUUACCUACGCCAUCUUCAAGCUCGGGGCUAUCCUUGUGCCAUUGAACCCAGGAUUCAACGCCAAGCAGGUCACUGCCGCCCUCAAUCAUUUGGGGGUCGAGCUGAUGAUCAUCGGCGCUGUCACUGAUCUCGCCUACAAGCCCUGUCGCGGGCGAAGUAACCUCCCGCUGCUACAAACCAUCGUCCCGGAUCUUGAGUCAGGGCGCAUUGAAUCGCCCGAGGUCUCCUCGCUCAAAACGGUCGUAGUAGUCGACAACUCUGCUUCCCAUCCACUGAGUGGCUUUCCACCAUUGGCCUCCCUCCGCUCGUUGGCUCUCUUCACCUCCCUCAUACCAGACCUAACCGCCGUCCGCGCCUCCUCCUCGACAUUUGCCGCUCGCACCAUUACCCCCGACUCCCCACUGUCCCCGACCGAAACAAUAAACAUCCAAUUCACCAGCGGCACUACCAGCCACCCCAAAGCCGCCAUGCUCACCCACACCAGCAUCCUCAACAACGGCGCGCUGAUCGCCCACCGCAUGGGGCUGGACCCAUCCGACCUGAUCGUCUGCCCGCCGCCGCUCUUCCACUGCUUCGGCUCGGUGCUGGGCUACAUGGCGACAGCCACAACAGGCGCGGCGCUGCUACUCCCCUCCCCCGCCUUCGACCCGCGCGCGGCGCUGCGCAUGGCCGCCGCCCGCCGCGCCACGGGCCUCUACGGCGUCGCCACCAUGUUCGUCGCCAUGCUCGAGCUGCUGCACCACCACCCGCACCUGCUCCCCGCCGCCCAGGCCGCUGCCCUGCCCAGCCAUCUGCGCAAGGGGAUUGGCGCGGGCAGCUCCGUGCCGGAGUCGAUCAUGCGCAAGUUGUACGCGGCGUUGGGGUUGCAGGAUUUGGUGAUUUGUUAUGGUAUGACCGAGACCAGUCCUGUUAGCUGUAUGACGGCGCCGACGGACCCGUUCGAUCGGAGGACGCGGAGUGUGGGGAAGGUCAUGCCGCAUACCAAGGUCAAGAUUGUGGAUCCACUGGACCCGGGGCGGGUGGUGCCUGUUGGGGAGAGGGGGGAGUUGGCGGCGGCGGGGUAUCUGGUGAUGAAGGGGUAUUGGGGGGAUAAGGAGAGGACGGAGGAGGUCAGGCGGGUGGAGACGGACGAGGAGGGGGUUGAGGAGGUGUGGAUGUACAGCGGGGACGAGGCGAGCAUGGACAAGGACGGGUAUGUGGAGAUCACGGGGCGGAUUAAAGAUCUGAUCAUUCGGGGCGGGGAGAACAUCCACCCGCUGGAGAUCGAGAACUGCCUCUUCCAGCAUCCGCUGGUGGCCGAGGUCAGCGUGAUCGGCGUGCCGGAUGAAAAGUAUGGGGAGAGCGUGGGCGCGUUUGUCAUUGCGCACAAGGGCGUUGCGACGGACGAGGAGGCAGAGACGGCGGGCAAGGGGGAGGUCUUGACUAAGGAGAGCGUUCGCGAGUGGGUGAGGACGCAUCUGUCGAGUCAUCUGGUGCCGAAGCAUAUUUGGUUUGUAACGGAAUACCCCAAGACGGCGAGCGGUAAGAUUCAGAAGUUCAAGUUGAGGGACACGGCCAAGCAGUUGCUUGAGGCUGGGCGAUAGGCUUACGCCGGGCAGACUUUUGGAUACCAAGAGUCUAACAAUAUGAACGAAAAGUUGGAUCUUGAAAUGCAACUUACGCGCGCAGGAAUGCUCAAAAGGCCGUCCUUGGAAGAGUAGUUCGCCCUGCAUUGCAAUCGUCAGCGAGGUUGAGGGCCGGUUUUCUUAUUUUAGAGUGGCC